CCGUUGUCCUAAAAUUUUGCCGCGGUUGUCAUAAAAAUUUUGUUUUGAUUCUUAAAAACUUUUCAACGAGUAUGAAACUUUUAAAAUACGUUAUGGUUUUUAAGUAACUUUCCUAAUUUAUUCUCGAAAUUGUAUAUAUUGAUUGUGUGAAAUGGAUGAGUUGGCAACUAAUAGUUAUAUAAAAUCUUCGACUUCUUCUGAUAAUGAGGGUAAUCUUUCCCCUGUUAGUAGUUCUGACAACCAGGAAUAUACGAAAGAGGAUGACUACAGGAUUGCUUGCUCUAAUAGUCGAAGUUUAGACUUAAUCACCCAAACUGUGACAUCUCAUUUUACACAAUUUGCUAAUUCUCUGGAUUUAGGAGAGGAGCUAUCUCAAUUUACGUCUCGAGGUUUGGAAAUAUUUAAAGAUACUAUUCAAGAAAAUGUUACCGUCAAUUGUUUACCCUAUGUUGGGGACAAGAACUUGCUUUCUGUAGCAGAUAGUGAAGUCUUAACUAAUGAAACUAAAGAAGCUCUUCUGUCUAAUCUUAGCAAAAAAGUUCAGGAUGUAUGUGCGAAAAGGAAACGUUUUCCUAAAGAAUACUCCAGGAUUUAUAAAAUGAGGCUGCAUCAUGAGUGUCACAAUGUGAAAAAAGCAACCGUCAUACAUAAGGUCAAUCUUCCUUUAGUAUCAAGAGAGUCUUUCCCAGUGGACAAGUUAUCUCCUGAAAAACUUGAAAAUACUACUGGACAAAUGAAAUCUAUACAGAAAAAAUUGUUAGACACUAUGAAUGAAUUGAAAGAAAUGAAGAAAAGUAUUGAAUAUGCACAAAGUCUUGCGGUAAACCAAGACUCUUUAUAUGAUACAGGGUAUAUAAGUACUUAAAAUUUUGUAUUUUUUGUACAUUUAUAAUAUCAACUAUGAGAUGAACUCAUACUUAUUUUAUGUACCAGGCAAAUACACAACUAGUGUUGCAAUGUUUUACUAUUUGUUUACAUCCCUUUGUAUUUUUAUUAUAAUGAGUACUGUAAUACUUUAUUGUAUUCAUGUGCGUUUUUCUUUUAAAUAUUACUAACAAUUAAUGAAUGUAUGUUUUACUAUGAAUUUUGACGAUUUGAAAUCAGAAAAUAUUCUAUAUUUAUUUAAUUGUUGGGCAUUAUGAUAUAUUUUAUUGAAAUAACUUAUUGGUAAAAAUUUCAUGUUUAUGGCAGAGCCAUUGGUACUUUUUAUAUCAUUUUCUCAUGGUUUAAAAGUUAAGCCUUAUUUUUUUAGGAAAGUAGGUUAAGUCUCAUCUAGCUGUAAGUCCAUACAGUUUUUUUUUCUAUACAUUACUGACAAAUAAAAACAAUGGUACAGUAUAAAACAUUCUUUAUUGAGAAGUAUGAAUUACUUAGUCUGAACUUUGCUGUUUAAAUGCAUGUUGAAAAGUCAUCUGUGUCAGGUUGAAACAGAAGUACAUUUCAGAAUUACUCUGUAGACCUAAAUACUUAUUGACACAGCAGUCAAUCCACUGCUUAAUCUUGUUGUAGACAGUAUAAAAGGACCAACAAACGAAUGUAAUUUAGUCAUAACAAGACAGUUGCUCUUUGAAAGGAUGACAUUGUUGGAGCCAUUGCCACAAAAAAGGCACCCUUAUAGUGGGUUUUAAUUCAUGACAAUCUAACAGUGCUGAUUGUGCUCCGGAAAAAAUCCGGAUUUUUCGCUAGCCGUGAUCCUGAAUUUUCCGUAGAUCGAAGGUUCAGAUGUUUCAAGAAAUCAUUGAUCACAAAAGUUUCCUGAAAUCAAAUUUUCAGAGGUGGAACUUAAAAACACAGUUUAUUUUAUUUGUUUGUAAGUGAGAGUCAGAUACUUAAUAAGCUUAUAUUCAAGAUUAAUUUUUUUAUCAGUAUUUUUCGGCAAAAGCGCCGCACAUCGAUAAAAAUGACAUUUUUUUUAAAAAAAGAAGUUACAGUAAGCGCCGCUCCGGCGCAAGCACCACAAUGACGCAACACUACAGAUAUCAGCAUCCUUAUAGAAGAAACUUUUAAAUUACCAUUUAGAAUAUCAGUGUAAUAAAAAAUAAUUUUUUUUUUUUUAAAUUUCAUAAAGUAAAGUUUUAAUUUCUAAAUUAUAAUAAAAAAUUUCUUUUUCAGCAAAAGAAAAAAAGCCACAAAACGAUAUAAAAGAAAGCUAUUCUUAUCUGUUUAAGAAUAAAGUUAAGUACAACAAAUAAUUCUAAAUGUUGAAUACAACAAAAUAUUUUAAAAUACAUCAAGUAAUGUAGUUUCUAAAUUAUUUGGGGGGGGGAGAGAAUAGCCUAAAAUGCGUUGACAAAGAGUUCACAUGAAAAAAUUCUCUUUUAUCAAAAAAAAAGCAACAAAACGAUAUAAAAUAAAUUCGCCGAAAAAUACGUUAAAUAGUUAUUAUAAUCAUAAACUCAAGAAAGAAAGACAUAUUUGUAAACUUCUCCAGGUCAUCACUGGUAUGUGUAAAUGGUAUAGGGGUGUGUAAAAUUUUAAAUAUAUUUUACGUGAACUAAGAAGUAUUGAGAAAAAGGAAAAAACCUUGUUUAAAUUUUUUUUUUCUUUCUUAAGAAAUUUUCCGGAAUUUUUGACUUGGGCUCACAAUCACCCCUGAUCUAAUCACAGCUUGAUUUAUUUGUUCAUGAUGGUUACUUUUAGUCCAACUUCAUUAGACGCUAAAUUGCUAUCCAUGAAGAACGAAACAAAAUAUUUCAAUAUAAAUAAUACUAACUCGGAUAAUUGUCAACAAAAUCAUAGCAAGCAAAGCAAUUUUAAAUUGUGAAUAAUAAGGUUCAUAUUGUUACCAAAAUAUAAUGUUAGAUGGUUAUUUUUUCUUCCCCUUCUUUCAGAGUAGGUAUUUGAUUAAGUUUAGUCCAUGUUUAAAACUUAUCGAAUAUCUGCCAAUCAUGCAGAAAACUCAUGGUUAUAAUUACUUAGCACUAGUAAUAUAAUACUUAGCACUAGUUUUUAAGUAUUUCAAUCUGGUUCUUUAUCUAAAACUAUAAAUGUACUUUCCUCUAAUUUCACUUAAUAGGAAAAAGAUUAUUUUAAAAAUAUGGUGCAAAUUUGUAGAAUUUUGAAAACUAAAAUGGUACUUGGAGCAUUUUUGAAUCUAUGUGCUGAAUAGCUUGUUACAAUGAUCAGACUUCUGAAUCCUAUAAAGCUUUGUAAUUUAAUAAAUUUUAUUUAAAUCUUGAAGAAUCCUUUUAGAAUAGGAUAAUAACAUUUCGAUGUUUAUUAAGUAAAAUCAAUUCGCUUUUGAAAUAUACCAUGGAAUAUAUUGUAUAACUAAUGUAGUAGCUGUGGUAUUAGAAUUAUUUUAAUGAGUUUUCUUUAGUUUGGUUAGUGUUUGCCAAAGUGAUUGUUGAAGAAAUGUAACUACUCACUGUGUAUAUAUUGAUUUUAAAAAAAAAAAUCUGUUAUGGUUGAUAUACUGAAGCCCUGUCACAUUUUUAAAUUGUGAUUGUUAGUAAAUAAUAUUCCACUUUAAUAACUGUUGUGAGUUUGUAAUUGUUCAUAGUAUUUGAUUAAAUUUUGUCCAGCUGCAGUUUUGCUAACAAUGAAAAGCAAUGCCUGUAUGCUAGCGAUGAAAAUAAUGUGAAAUGCCAAUAUAAAGAGAAGCCACAGUCUUGUGUUAAUGUCAAGCAGUGAUUUCAUUUUUAUGUAUUUGAAAAUUACUCCGCAGCUGCAUAGUUUUGGCUCAUGAAAAAAUACAUAAGUAAAUCAAUAUUAAUAAUUUUUAUUUAGUUUAUUAAAACUUUGCUUUGAUUUUACGGCUGACAAAUUAUGACUUUAUUAUUUUAUUUUCCCUGGUGAUGAAGUUUGAGAGAACAUCAUUAACAACCUAGUAGCUUUUACCUUUGGUGCAGUAUCUUGUAUUGUCUCUUGUGCUAUUAAAUUUUAUAUUCAAACUAUUGCCAAUGAAAAUAUGGUACUUAUCUGUUACCGGGACACCAGACCAAGCUUAUGCAAUUUGUCAACUAUAUAUUCUCAAUGCAUCAACUGGUUAUUUUUUAGACCCUGAUACAUUUUUAUUUUAUAGAUUAAAUGAAGCAGAGAAAAAUAUUUUUAAAAAAAUUAGCAAUUUGCUCAGUAAUCUUUCAUUGUAAAGUUCUUUUAACAAUUACUGUUAUUAAAAUUAGACAUAACUAUCCUUUUUCUGAUAUGCUUUGAAAAUUUGGUGGCCAUUGUAAUCUAAAGAUUUUAGUUUGGUGCCCGACUAAUUUAUAAAUUCUUAAAAAAAAUUAACAAAAAUUUCUGUUGUGUUGACAAAGUUAUUGCAUAAAAUUCCUUGGAUUUAACCAGGCCUAUAGAACUUCAGUAAGUUCUUUUUAUAACUAUGUGUAUAUAUAGAUUUUGCUUGCACAAUUAUACUGCCGUGCAAUUGAAAAAUCAACGUAAGCGACAAAAAAUUCAACAUUGAGAUUUUUAUCUAUUUGGCAUCUUUGUAUGGUAAGCUACAUAUUUUGCUGGGGAAAAAAAACAUUCAAAAAUAAAUCUUAUUUUUGAAUGUUUUUUUUUUUUUUAAAUACUAUGUUCGCGUUUGUAAGGAAAAAAGCUGUCGAGCCAUUUUACUCAGACUCAAUGGUGAAGCACUUACAUUGUUUUUUUAAUUGCAUGGCAGUAUAAUCCUAUUGAUUGAUGGUUUAUGCUUUUUUUUAUAUGUAAAUGUGUUAUACUUGUAAAUAAAUUGUAAAGCAAUAUUAA